UAUUUUUUUUUUUUUCAUUCGAAGAUUUUAUUAUUUAUUUGCAUUUUGCCAGAAUGUGUUGUGGUGUAAUUUUUUGCAUCCGUAAUGUGUGGAUAAACUAAUAUUGUUUUGAGUUUGAUCGUGUUCACGCUUUGCGGUUACUUUUGCAGACUAUCCGGCCACUUCCGGUUUGUAAAUUUACACCAGAGAUGGCUGACAGUGCGAGCGAAAGUGAUUCAUCGUCCAUCGACGGAGGCCCUAUAAUGAUGCCUCCGUCGCCUAUUACUAGGGAACAGAUGCAGAAACGAAUCGAUUCUCUACAACAGCAGAACCGGGUGCUAAAGGUGGAAUUGGAAACGUACAAGUUAAAAAUGAAAGCCAUGGAUGAAGAAUGCAAGCGACUUAGAGAAACUUCCGUUUAUAUUCAAGUACGUGCAGAACAAGAAGAAGAAUUCAUUAGUAAUACAUUACUGAAAAAAAUACAAGCCCUUAAAAAGGAAAAAGAAACAUUAGCUCAUCAUUAUGAACAAGAAGAGGAGUGUUUAACAAAUGAUCUUUCCCGGAAACUGACUCAGCUACGUCAAGAGAAAUGUAAAUUAGAGCAAACGCUCGAACAAGAACAAGAGUGUUUGGUUAAUCGCCUAAUGCGUAAAAUUGAAAAACUCGAAGCUGAAACUACCACUAAACAAUCUACGUUGGAACAAUUAAGAAGAGAAAAAGUAGAUUUAGAAAACACUUUGGAACAAGAGCAAGAAGCUUUGGUAAAUAAAUUGUGGAAACGUAUGGAUAAACUUGAAGCCGAAAAAAGACAAUUACAAAUAAAGUUGGAUCAACCAAUUUCCGACCCAGUAUUACCAAGAGAUCAAGUUGGACCUAAUAAAGGUGAAAUGGCCACGAAUAUAAGUGCGCAUUUGCAACAUUUACGUGGCGAAGUCACCAGAUUACGUCACCAACUUGAUGUUUCUAAAAAAGAAAAUUCAAAAAAAAUGGAAAAAAUGGCUAAAGAAGAACGUCAAGUACGUGAGGAUAAUUUACGCUUACAGCGGAAAUUACAACUCGAAGUAGAAAGACGAACCGCAUUAUGCCGUCAUUUAUCCGAGUCUGAAAGUAGUUUAGAAAUGGAAGAAGAACGUCAGUAUAACGAAAUGGCUUCGAAUCGAUGUCGGACAUCAUCGAGCCCCCUUCCAUAUCCACAUUCUCCGUGUCAAUCCAGACCUCUUAGUCCGGGAUCUGCAGCCGGAACUCCAGGUGUGUUUCGAGGCGAAAUCGGUGUAUUAGGCUAUACAAAUAUGAAUCGUUGCUAUGCUUGUGGUCAAGCCGUACCGUCCACCAAUCUCGUCAUUGGAGCAACAUCCUCACCGUUAUGUCCCACUACACAAGUGAUAAAUCAAUCCCGAACCUUAUCAUUGGGCCGUGUGGGUAAUGAACGCUUUAUCAAGCCCAUCGUGCCACUCGCUGCCAAUAUUACCGGUGGCGGUAUACCAACUGGUUCACAGAUACCAUCACCCAAUCCGCCUCCACCAUCCACUUCGCCCGCAACACUAAUGGAUUCAGCCAAGUACUAGUAUCAUCUUUAAAAUUAGAUAAUCAUUUUAUUACACUCAUGUUAUUUCUAUUAAGUAGUUGUAGUAAUAUGUUCAUUUGCUUCUUUUUUUUUUUUUUUAUCUCAAUUUAUUAAUUAAAACCUAAGCUCAUAAUUUAUGUAUUCCUAUAAAUCGGCUAGGCACUAAAGUGAAAUAAUUGUAUUAAAUUGUUCAAAAAAAUAACUAUUUAUGUAACAAUUAAUACAAUUGUUUAAAUUUAAAGCGCCAUUAACAAUGUUCUUAAGGUCUAUUUUUACAUAAAUAUAUUAUAAUACUGUUUGCCAUUGAAAU